GGCGCCCGGGAGACGCAGCCGAAGGAGGAGGGCAGGCGUUUCACCCGCGCCACAGCUGCGGCCGGCCAGAGAGACCGCAGAGGCCGGGACCCCCGCAGCCUCCACGGCCGCUGCUGCCACUGUCGGGGUGGCGCGCCCAGCCGGAGAAUCCCGUCCGCGCCCGGGGCGGGGGGCGAGGCGGGGCGCUGACGUCACCUCCCCUCCCCCACCGCCUCCAAGGGGGAGGGAGUGGGGAAAGAGGCAGCGAGUCGCCGCAGCCGCCGGCCGCAACUCCUCAACUCGGCGGCUGGCUGCCUGGGCACGUCCUGACAAACUUGGCUGCUCCCGGGCCCUCGUUCCGGCCCCGCGCACUCUCUUUUCGCCUGCGUUUGGUGCUUAAGUUUGCCCUGGUCGGAAGCCUCCGGAGAUGCGGCCGCCUGGGUCCCGGCGGCACGGACGUUGGCACUCUGGUUAGGGACAUGCUGAAGAUCCCGGGGAGGCAAAGUUGGUACUUCAAACCCGGCUCUUAACACAUAUCUACACCGCGAGGGGAUCACGGAGCUGCCGAGGACUUUAGAGCCCGGGGCCGAGGACUCGGCUAGACUGAUUCCCGACAGUUAAGCAAUGGGGAGACAUUUGGCUUUGCUCCUGCUUCUGCUCCUCCUCUUCCAACAUUUUGGAGACAGUGAUGGCAGCCAACGACUUGAACAGACUCCUCUGCAGUUUACACACCUCGAGUACAACGUCACCGUGCAGGAGAACUCUGCAGCUAAGACUUACGUGGGGCAUCCUGUCAAGAUGGGUGUUUACAUUACACAUCCAGCGUGGGAAGUAAGGUACAAAAUUGUUUCCGGAGACAGUGAAAACCUGUUCAAAGCUGAAGAGUACAUUCUCGGAGACUUUUGCUUUCUAAGAAUAAGGACCAAAGGAGGAAAUACAGCUAUUCUUAAUAGAGAAGUGAAGGAUCACUACACAUUGAUAGUGAAAGCACUUGAAAAAAAUACUAAUGUGGAGGCGCGAACAAAGGUCAGGGUGCAGGUGCUGGAUACAAAUGACUUGAGACCGUUAUUCUCACCCACUUCAUACAGCGUUUCUUUACCUGAAAACACAGCCAUAAGGACCAGUAUCGCAAGAGUCAGCGCCACAGAUGCAGACAUAGGAACCAACGGGGAGUUUUACUACAGUUUUAAAGAUCGAACAGAUAUGUUUGCUAUUCACCCAACCAGUGGUGUGAUAGUGUUAACUGGUAGACUUGAUUACCUAGAGACCAAGCUCUAUGAGAUGGAAAUCCUCGCUGCGGACCGUGGAAUGAAGUUGUAUGGGAGCAGUGGCAUCAGCAGCAUGGCCAAGCUGACGGUGCACAUCGAACAGGCCAAUGAAUGUGCUCCGGUGAUAACAGCAGUGACAUUGUCACCGUCAGAACUGGACAGGGACCCAGCAUAUGCAAUUGUGACAGUGGAUGACUGCGAUCAGGGUGCCAAUGGUGACAUAGCAUCUUUAAGCAUCGUGGCAGGUGACCUUCUCCAGCAGUUUAGAACAGUGAGGUCCUUUCCAGGGAGUAAGGAGUAUAAAGUCAAAGCCAUCGGUGGCGUUGAUUGGGACAGUCAUCCUUUUGGCUACAAUCUCACACUACAGGCUAAAGAUAAAGGAACUCCGCCCCAGUUCUCUUCUGUUAAAGUCAUUCACGUGACUUCUCCACAGUUCAAAGCCGGGCCAGUCAAGUUUGAAAAGGAUGUUUACAGAGCAGAAAUAAGUGAAUUUGCUCCUCCCAACACACCUGUGGUCAUGGUAAAGGCCAUUCCUGGUUAUUCCCAUUUGAAGUAUGUUUUUAAAAAUACACCCGGAAAAGCUAAAUUCAGUUUAAAUUACAACACUGGUCUCAUUUCUAUUUUAGAACCAGUUAAAAGACAGCAGGCAGCCCAUUUUGAACUUGAAGUAACAACAAGUGACAGAAAAGCGUCCACCAAGGUCUUGGUGAAAGUCUUAGGUGCAAAUAGCAAUCCCCCUGAAUUUACCCAGACAGCGUACAAAGCUGCUUUUGAUGAGAAUGUGCCCAUUGGUACUACUGUCAUGAGCCUGAGUGCCGUAGACCCUGAUGAGGGUGAGAAUGGGUACGUGACAUACAGUAUCGCAAAUUUAAAUCAUGUGCCGUUUGCGAUUGACCAUUUCACUGGUGCCGUGAGUACGUCAGAAAACCUGGACUACGAACUGAUGCCUCGGGUUUAUACUCUGAGGAUUCGUGCAUCAGACUGGGGCUUGCCGUACCGCCGGGAAGUCGAAGUCCUUGCUACAAUUACUCUCAAUAACUUGAAUGACAACACACCUUUGUUUGAGAAAAUAAAUUGUGAAGGGACAAUUCCCAGAGAUCUAGGCGUGGGAGAGCAAAUAACCACUGUUUCUGCUAUUGAUGCAGAUGAACUUCAGUUGGUACAGUAUCAGAUUGAAGCUGGAAAUGAACUGGAUUUGUUUAGUUUAAACCCCAACUCUGGGGUAUUGUCAUUAAAGCAAUCGCUAAUGGAUGGCUUAGGUGCAAAGGUGUCUUUCCACAGUCUGAGAAUCACAGCUACAGAUGGAGAAAAUUUUGCCACACCAUUAUAUAUCAACAUAACAGUGGCUGCCAGUCGCAAGCUGGUAAACUUGCAGUGUGAAGAGACUGGUGUUGCCAAAAUGCUGGCAGAGAAGCUCCUGCAGGCAAAUAAAUUACACAACCAGGGAGAGGUGGAGGAUAUUUUCUUCGAUUCUCACUCUGUCAAUGCUCACAUACCACAGUUUAGAAGCACUCUUCCGACUGGUAUUCAGGUAAAGGAAAACCAGCCUGUGGGUUCCAGUGUAAUUUUCAUGAAUACCACUGACCUUGACACUGGCUUCAAUGGAAAACUGGUCUAUGCUAUUUCUGGAGGAAAUGAGGAUAGUUGCUUCAUGAUUGAUAUGGAAACAGGAAUGCUGAAAAUUUUAUCUCCUCUUGACCGUGAAACAACAGACAAAUACACCCUGAAUAUUACCGUCUAUGACCUUGGGAUACCCCAGAAGGCUGCGUGGCGUCUUCUACAUGUCGUGGUUGUCGAUGCCAAUGAUAAUCCACCCGAGUUUUUACAGGAGAGCUAUUUUGUGGAAGUGAGUGAAGACAAGGAGGUACAUAGUGAAAUCAUCCAGGUUGAAGCCACAGAUAAAGACCUGGGGCCCAACGGACACGUGACGUACUCAAUUCUUACAGACACAGACACAUUUUCAAUUGACAGCGUGACAGGUGUUGUUAGAAUUGCGCGCCCUCUGGAUCGAGAGCUGCAGCACGAGCACUACUUAAAGAUUGAGGCCAGGGACCAAGCCAGAGAAGAGCCUCAGCUGUUCUCCACUGUCGUUGUGAAAGUAUCACUAGAAGAUGUUAAUGACAACCCACCUACAUUUAUUCCACCUAAUUAUCGUGUGAAAGUCCGAGAGGAUCUUCCAGAAGGAACCGUCAUCAUGUGGUUAGAAGCCCACGAUCCUGAUUUAGGUCAGUCUGGUCAGGUGAGAUACAGCCUUCUGGACCACGGAGAAGGAAACUUCGAUGUGGAUAAACUCAGUGGAGCAGUUAGGAUCGUCCAGCCGUUGGACUUUGAGAAGAAGCAAGUGUAUAAUCUCACUGUGAGGGCCAAAGACAAGGGAAAGCCAGUUUCUCUGUCUUCUACUUGCUAUGUUGAAGUUGAGGUGGUUGAUGUGAAUGAGAACCUGCACCCACCCGUGUUUUCCAGCUUUGUGGAAAAGGGGACAGUGAAAGAAGAUGCACCUGUUGGUUCAUUGGUAAUGACGGUGUCGGCUCAUGAUGAGGACGCCGGAAGAGAUGGGGAGAUCCGAUACUCCAUUAGAGAUGGCUCUGGCGUUGGUGUUUUCAAAAUAGGUGAAGAGACAGGUGUCAUAGAGACGUCAGAUCGACUGGACCGUGAAUCGACCUCCCACUAUUGGCUAACAGUCUUUGCAACCGAUCAGGGUGUCGUGCCUCUUUCAUCGUUUAUAGAGAUCUACAUAGAGGUUGAGGAUGUCAAUGACAAUGCACCACAGACAUCAGAGCCUGUUUAUUACCCAGAAAUCAUGGAAAAUUCUCCUAAAGAUGUAUCUGUGGUCCAGAUCGAGGCAUUUGAUCCAGAUUCGAGCUCUAAUGACAAGCUCAUGUACAAAAUUACAAGUGGAAAUCCACAAGGAUUCUUUUCAAUACAUCCUAAAACAGGUCUCAUCACAACUACGUCAAGGAAGCUAGACCGAGAACAGCAAGAUGAACACAUAUUAGAGGUUACUGUGACAGACAAUGGUAUUCCCCCCAAAUCAACCAUUGCAAGAGUCAUUGUGAAAAUCCUUGAUGAAAAUGACAACAAACCUCAGUUUCUGCAAAAGUUCUACAAAAUCAGACUGCCUGAGCGGGAAAAGCCAGACCGAGAAAGAAAUGCCAGACGGGAGCCGCUCUAUCGCGUUAUAGCCACCGACAAGGAUGAAGGCCCCAAUGCAGAAAUCUCCUACAGCAUCGAAGACGGGAAUGAGCAUGGCAAAUUUUUCAUCGAACCGAAAACUGGAGUGGUUUCGUCCAAGAGGUUUUCAGCAGCUGGAGAAUAUGAUAUUCUUUCAAUUAAGGCAGUUGACAAUGGUCGCCCUCAAAAGUCAUCAACCACCAGACUCCAUAUUGAAUGGAUCUCCAAGCCCAAACCGUCCCCGGAGCCCAUUUCAUUUGAAGAAUCAUUUUUUACCUUUACUGUGAUGGAAAGUGACCCCGUUGCUCACAUGAUUGGAGUAAUAUCUGUGGAGCCUCCUGGCAUACCCCUUUGGUUUGACAUCACUGGUGGCAACUACGACAGUCACUUCGAUGUGGACAGGGGAACUGGAACCAUCAUUGUUGCCAAACCUCUUGAUGCAGAACAGAAGUCAAACUACAACCUCACAGUCGAGGCUACAGAUGGAACCACCACUAUCCUCACUCAGGUGUUCAUCAAAGUAAUAGACACAAAUGACCAUCGUCCUCAGUUUUCUACAUCAAAGUAUGAAGUUGUUAUUCCUGAAGAUACAGCGCCAGAAACAGAAAUUUUGCAAAUCAGUGCCGUGGAUCAGGAUGAGAAAAACAAACUAAUCUACACUCUGCAGAGCAGUAGAGAUCCAUUGAGUCUCAAGAAAUUUCGUCUUGAUCCUGCAACCGGCUCUCUCUAUACUUCUGAGAAACUGGAUCAUGAAGCCGUUCACCAGCACACCCUCACGGUCAUGGUACGAGAUCAAGAUGUGCCUGUAAAACGCAACUUUGCAAGGAUUGUGGUCAAUGUCAGCGACACGAAUGACCACGCCCCGUGGUUCACCGCUUCCUCCUACAAAGGGCGGGUUUAUGAAUCGGCAGCCGUUGGCUCAGUUGUGUUGCAGGUGACAGCUCUGGACAAGGACAAAGGGAAAAAUGCUGAAGUGCUGUACUCGAUCGAGUCAGGAAAUAUUGGAAAUUCUUUUAUGAUUGAUCCUGUCUUGGGCUCUAUUAAAACUGCCAAAGAAUUAGAUCGAAGUAACCAAGCGGAGUAUGAUUUAAUGGUAAAAGCUACAGAUAAGGGCAGUCCACCAAUGAGUGAAAUAACUUCUGUGCGUAUCUUUGUCACAAUUGCUGACAACGCCUCUCCGAAGUUUACAUCAAAAGAAUAUUCUGUUGAACUUAGUGAAACUGUCAGCAUUGGGAGUUUCGUUGGGAUGGUUACAGCCCAUAGUCAAUCAUCAGUGGUGUAUGAAAUAAAAGAUGGAAAUACAGGUGAUGCUUUUGAUAUUAAUCCACAUUCUGGAACUAUCAGCACUCAGAAAGCCCUGGACUUUGAAACUUUGCCCAUUUACACAUUGAUAAUACAAGGAACUAACAUGGCUGGUUUGUCCACUAAUACAACGGUUCUAGUUCACCUGCAGGAUGAGAAUGACAACGCACCAGUUUUUAUGCAGGCAGAAUAUACAGGACUCAUUAGUGAAUCAGCCUCAAUUAACAGCGUGGUCCUAACAGACAGGAAUGUCCCACUGGUGAUUCGAGCAGCUGAUGCUGAUAAAGACGCAAAUGCUUUGCUUGUAUAUCACAUUGUUGAACCAUCUGUACACAGACAUUUUGCUAUUGAUUCUAGCACUGGUGCUAUUCAUACAGUACUAAGUCUGGACUAUGAAGAAACAAGUAUUUUUCACUUCACCGUCCAAGUGCAUGACAUGGGAACCCCACGUUUAUUUGCUGAGUAUGCAGCGAAUGUAACAGUACAUGUAAUUGACAUUAAUGACUGCCCUCCUGUGUUUGCCAAGCCAUUAUAUGAAGCAUCUCUUUUGUUACCAACAUACAAAGGAGUAAAAGUCAUCACAGUAAAUGCUACAGAUGCCGAUUCAAGUGCAUUCUCACAGUUGAUUUACUCCAUCACCGAAGGCAACAUCGGGGAGAAGUUUUCUGUGGACUACAAGACUGGUGCUCUCACUGUCCAAAACACAACUCAGUUAAGAAGCCGCUACGAGCUAACCGUUAGAGCUUCCGAUGGCAGAUUUGCCGGCCUUACCUCUGUCAAAAUUAAUGUGAAAGAAAGCAAAGAAAGUCACCUAAAGUUUACCCAGGAUGUCUACUCUGCAGUAGUGAAAGAGAAUUCCACCGAGGCCAAAACAUUAGCUGUCAUUACUGCUAUUGGGAAUCCAAUCAAUGAGCCUUUGUUUUAUCACAUCCUCAACCCAGAUCGCAGAUUUAAAAUAAGCCGCACUUCAGGAGUUCUGUCAACCACUGGCACGCCCUUCGAUCGUGAGCAGCAGGAGGCGUUUGAUGUGGUUGUAGAAGUGACAGAGGAACAUAAGCCUUCCGCAGUGGCCCACGUUGUCGUGAAGGUCAUUGUAGAAGACCAAAAUGAUAAUGCGCCGGUGUUUGUCAACCUUCCCUACUACGCUGUUGUUAAAGUGGACACUGAGGUGGGCCAUGUCGUUCGCUAUGUCACUGCUGUAGACAGAGACAGUGGCAGAAACGGGGAAGUGCAUUACUACCUCAAGGAACAUCAUGAACACUUUCAAAUUGGACCCUUGGGUGAAAUUUCACUGAAAAAGCAAUUUGAGCUUGACACCUUAAAUAAAGAAUAUCUUGUUACAGUGGUUGCAAAAGAUGGAGGGAACCCGGCCUUUUCAGCGGAAGUUAUCGUUCCGAUCACUGUCAUGAAUAAAGCUAUGCCUGUGUUUGAAAAACCUUUCUACAGUGCAGAGAUUGCAGAGAACAUCCAGGUGCACAGCCCUGUGGUCCACGUGCAGGCUAACAGCCCGGAAGGCCUGAAAGUGUUCUACAGCAUCACAGACGGAGACCCUUUCAGCCAGUUCACUAUUAACUUCAAUACUGGAGUUAUCAAUGUCAUAGCUCCUCUGGACUUUGAGGCCCACCCGGCAUAUAAACUGAGCAUACGCGCAACUGACUCCUUGACGGGCGCUCAUGCUGAAGUAUUUGUGGACAUCAUAGUAGAGGACAUCAAUGAUAACCCUCCCGUGUUUGCUCAGCAGUCUUAUGCGGCGACCCUGUCUGAGGCAUCUGUAAUUGGAACAUCUGUUGUUCAAGUUAGAGCCACCGAUUCUGAUUCAGAACCAAAUAGAGGAAUCUCAUACCAGAUGUUUGGGAAUCACAGCAAGAGUCAUGAUCAUUUUCAUGUAGACAGCAGCACUGGCCUCAUCUCACUACUCAGAACCCUGGAUUACGAGCAGUCCCGGCAGCACACGAUUUUUGUGAGGGCUGUUGAUGGUGGUAUGCCCCCGCUGAGCAGUGAUAUGAUUGUCACGGUGGACGUUACCGACCUCAAUGAUAAUCCACCACUCUUUGAACAACAGAUUUAUGAAGCCAGAAUUAGCGAGCACGCCCCUCACGGGCAUUUCGUGACCUGUGUAAAAGCCUAUGAUGCAGACAGUUCAGACAUAGACAAGUUGCAGUAUUCCAUUCUGUCUGGCAACGAUCAUAAACAUUUUGUCAUUGACAGUGCAACAGGGAUUAUCACCCUCUCAAACCUGCGCCGGCACGCCCUGAAGCCAUUUUACGGUCUUAACCUGUCAGUGUCUGAUGGAGUUUUUAGAAGUUCCACCCAGGUUCAUGUAACUGUAAUUGGAGGCAAUUUGCACAGUCCUGCUUUUCUUCAGAACGAAUAUGAAGUGGAACUAGCUGAAAACGCUCCCCUACAUACCCUGGUGAUGGAGGUGAAAACUACGGAUGGGGAUUCUGGUAUUUAUGGUCACGUUACUUACCAUAUUGUAAAUGACUUUGCCAAAGACAGAUUUUACAUAAAUGAGAGAGGACAGAUAUUUACUUUGGAAAAACUUGAUCGAGAAACCCCAGCGGAGAAAGUGAUCUCAGUCCGUUUAAUGGCUAAGGAUGCUGGAGGAAAAGUUGCUUUCUGCACCGUGAAUGUCAUCCUUACAGAUGACAAUGACAAUGCACCACAAUUUCGAGCAACCAAAUACGAAGUGAAUAUCGGGUCCAGUGCUGCUAAAGGGACUUCAGUCAUUAAAGUUCUUGCAAGUGAUGCCGAUGAGGGCUCCAAUGCCGACAUCACCUAUGCCAUUGAAGCAGACUCUGAAAGUGUAAAAGAGAAUUUGGAAAUUAACAAACUGUCCGGCGUAAUCACUACAAAGGAGAGCCUCAUUGGCUUGGAAAAUGAAUUCUUCACUUUCUUUGUUAGAGCUGUGGAUAAUGGGUCUCCAUCAAAAGAAUCUGUUGUUCCUGUCUAUGUUAAAAUCCUUCCACCGGAAAUGCAGCUUCCAAAAUUUUCAGAACCUUUCUAUACCUUUACAGUGUCAGAGGACGUGCCUAUUGGAACAGAAAUAGAUCUCAUCCGAGCAGAACAUAGUGGGACUGUUCUUUACAGCCUGGUCAAAGGGAAUACUCCAGAAAGCAAUAGGGAUGAGUCCUUUGUGAUUGACAGACAGAGCGGGAGACUGAAGUUGGAGAAGAGUCUUGAUCAUGAGACAACUAAGUGGUAUCAGUUUUCCAUACUGGCCAGGUGCACUCAAGAUGACCAUGAGAUGGUGGCUUCUGUAGAUGUUAGUAUCCAAGUGAAAGAUGCAAAUGACAACAGCCCGGUCUUUGAAUCUAGUCCAUAUGAGGCAUUCAUUGUUGAAAACCUGCCAGGGGGAAGUAGAGUAAUUCAGAUCAGGGCAUCUGAUGCUGACUCAGGAACCAACGGCCAAGUUAUGUAUAGCCUGGAUCAGUCACAAAGUGUGGAAGUCAUUGAAUCCUUUGCCAUUAACAUGGAAACAGGCUGGAUUACAACUUUAAAGGAACUUGACCAUGAAAAGAGAGACAAUUACCAGAUUAAAGUGGUUGCAUCAGAUCAUGGUGAAAAGAUCCAGCUAUCCUCCACAGCCAUUGUGGAUGUUACCGUCACCGAUGUCAACGAUAGUCCACCACGAUUCACGGCCGAGAUCUAUAAAGGGACUGUGAGUGAGGAUGACCCCCCAGGUGGGGUGAUUGCCAUUUUAAGUACCACGGAUGCCGAUUCUGAAGAGAUCAACAGACAAGUUACAUAUUUCAUAACAGGAGGGGAUCCUUUAGGACAGUUUGCUGUUGAAAAUAUACAGAAUGAAUGGAAGGUAUAUGUGAAGAAACCUCUAGACAGGGAAAAAAGGGACAAUUACCUUCUUACUAUCACGGCAACUGAUGGCACCUUCUCAUCAAAAGCGAUAGUUGAAGUGAAAGUUCUGGAUGCAAAUGACAACAGUCCAGUUUGUGAAAAGACUUUAUAUUCAGACACUACUCCUGAAGACGUCCUUCCUGGAAAAUUGAUCCUGCAGGUCUCUGCUACAGACGCAGACAUCCGCUCUAACGCUGAAAUUACUUACACGUUAUUGGGUUCAGGUGCAGAAAAAUUCAAACUAAAUCCAGACACAGGUGAACUGAAAACGUCAACCCCCCUUGAUCGUGAGGAGCAAGCUGUUUAUCAUCUUCUCGUCAGGGCCACAGAUGGAGGAGGAAGAUUCUGCCAAGCCAGUGUUGUGCUCACGCUAGAAGACGUGAACGAUAAUGCCCCCGAAUUCUCUGCCGAUCCUUAUGCCAUCACCGUGUUUGAAAACACAGAGCCCGGAACGCUGCUGACAAGAGUGCAGGCCACGGAUGCCGACGCAGGAUUAAAUCGGAAGAUUUUAUACUCACUGAUUGACUCUGCUGAUGGGCAGUUCUCCAUUAACGAAUUAUCUGGAAUUAUUCAGUUAGAAAAACCUUUGGACAGAGAACUCCAGGCAGUAUACACCCUCUCUUUGAAAGCUGUGGAUCAAGGCUUGCCAAGGAGGCUGACUGCCACUGGCACUGUGGUUGUAUCAGUUCUUGACAUAAAUGACAACCCCCCUGUGUUUGAGUACCGUGAAUAUGGUGCCACCGUGUCUGAGGACAUUCUUGUUGGAACUGAAGUUCUUCAAGUGUAUGCAGCAAGUCGGGAUAUUGAAGCAAAUGCAGAAAUCACCUACUCAAUAAUAAGUGGAAAUGAACAUGGGAAAUUCAGCAUAGAUUCUAAAACAGGGGCCGUAUUUAUCAUUGAGAAUCUGGAUUAUGAGAGCUCUCAUGAGUAUUACCUAACAGUAGAGGCCACUGAUGGAGGCACGCCUUCACUGAGUGACGUUGCCACUGUGAACGUUAAUGUAACAGAUAUCAACGAUAAUACCCCUGUGUUCAGCCAAGACACCUACACGACAGUCAUCAGUGAAGAUGCCGUUCUUGAGCAAUCUGUCAUCACGGUUAUGGCCGAUGAUGCCGAUGGACCUUCCAACAGCCACAUCCACUACUCAAUUAUAGAUGGCAACCAGGGAAGCUCGUUCACAAUUGACCCCGUCAGGGGAGAAGUCAAAGUGACCAAACUUCUCGACCGAGAAAUGAUUUCAGGUUACACGCUCACGGUUCAAGCUUCUGAUAAUGGCAGUCCACCCAGAGUCAACACUACGACCGUGAACAUCGAUGUGUCCGAUGUCAAUGACAACGCGCCCGUCUUCUCCAGGGGAAACUACAGUGUCAUUAUCCAGGAAAAUAAGCCAGUGGGCUUCAGCGUGCUGCAGCUGGUAGUAACAGAUGAGGAUUCUUCCCAUAACGGUCCACCCUUCUUCUUUACUAUUGUAACUGGAAAUGAUGAGAAGGCUUUUGAAGUUAACCCGCAAGGAGUCCUCCUGACAUCAUCUGCCAUCAAGAGGAAGGAGAAAGAUCAUUACUUACUGCAGGUGAAGGUGGCAGAUAAUGGAAAGCCUCAGUUGUCAUCUUUGACAUACAUUGACAUUAGGGUCAUUGAGGAGAGCAUCUAUCCGCCUGCGAUUUUGCCCCUGGAGAUUUUCAUCACCACUUCUGGAGAAGAAUACUCAGGUGGCGUCAUUGGGAAGAUCCAUGCCACAGACCAGGACGUGUAUGAUACUCUAACCUACAGUCUCGACCCUCAGAUGGACAACCUGUUCUCUGUUUCCAGCACAGGGGGCAAGCUGAUAGCACACAAAAAGCUAGACAUAGGGCAAUACCUUCUCAAUGUCAGCGUAACAGAUGGGAAGUUCACGACGGUGGCCGACAUCACAGUGCAUAUCAGACAAGUCACACAGGAGAUGUUGAACCACACCAUCGCGAUCCGCUUUGCCAACCUCACUCCGGAAGAAUUCGUUGGUGACUACUGGCGCAACUUCCAGCGAGCUUUACGGAACAUCCUGGGUGUGAGGAGGAACGACAUACAGAUUGUUAGUUUGCAGUCCUCUGAACCUCACCCACAUCUGGACGUCUUACUUUUUGUAGAGAAACCAGGUAGUGCUCAGAUCUCAACAAAACAACUUCUGCACAAGAUUAACUCUUCCGUGACUGACAUUGAGGAAAUCAUUGGAGUUAGGAUACUGAAUGUAUUCCAGAAACUCUGCGCGGGACUGGACUGCCCCUGGAAGUUCUGCGAUGAAAAGGUGUCUGUGGAUGAAAGUGUGAUGUCAACACACAGCACAGCCAGACUGAGUUUUGUGACUCCCCGCCACCACAGGGCAGCGGUGUGUCUCUGCAAAGAGGGAAGGUGCCCACCUGUCCACCAUGGCUGUGAAGAUAAUCUGUGCCCUGAGGGAUCCGAAUGUGUGUCUGAUGCCCGGGAGGAGAAACACACCUGUGUCUGUCCCGGCGGCAGGUUUGGUCAGUGCCCAGGGAGUUCAUCUAUGACACUGACUGGAAACAGCUACGUGAAAUACCGUCUGACGGAAAAUGAAAACAAAUUAGAGAUGAAACUGACCAUGAGGCUCAGAACGUAUUCCACGCAUGCGGUUGUCAUGUACGCUCGAGGAACUGACUAUAGCAUCUUGGAGAUUCAUCAUGGAAGGCUGCAGUACAAGUUUGACUGUGGAAGUGGCCCUGGAAUUGUCUCUGUUCAGAGCAUUCAGGUCAAUGAUGGGCAGUGGCACGCAGUGGCCCUGGAAGUGAAUGGAAACUAUGCUCGCUUGGUUCUAGACCAAGUUCAUACUGCAUCAGGCACAGCCCCAGGGACUCUGAAAACCCUGAACCUGGAUAACUAUGUGUUUUUUGGUGGCCACAUCCGUCAGCAGGGAACAAGGCAUGGAAGAAGUCCUCAAGUUGGUAAUGGUUUCAGGGGUUGUAUGGACUCCAUUUAUUUGAAUGGGCAGGAGCUCCCUUUAAACAGCAAACCCAGAAGCUAUGCACACAUCGAAGAGUCGGUGGAUGUGUCUCCAGGCUGCUUCCUGACGGCCACGGAAGACUGCGCCAGCAACCCUUGCCAGAAUGGAGGCGUUUGCAAUCCGUCGCCUGCUGGAGGUUAUUACUGUAAAUGCAGUGCCUUGUACAUAGGGACCCACUGUGAGAUAAGCGUCAAUCCGUGUUCCUCCAACCCAUGCCUCUAUGGGGGCACGUGUGUUGUCGACAACGGAGGCUUUGUUUGCCAGUGUAGAGGAUUAUAUACUGGUCAGAGGUGUCAGCUUAGUCCAUACUGCAAAGAUGAACCCUGUAAGAAUGGCGGAACAUGCUUUGACAGUUUGGAUGGCGCCGUUUGUCAGUGUGAUUCGGGUUUUAGGGGAGAAAGGUGUCAGAGUGAUAUCGACGAGUGCUCUGGAAACCCCUGCCUGCACGGGGCCCUCUGUGAGAACACGCACGGCUCCUAUCACUGCAACUGCAGCCACGAGUACAGGGGACGUCACUGCGAGGAUGCUGCGCCCAACCAGUAUGUGUCCACGCCGUGGAACAUUGGGUUGGCGGAAGGAAUUGGAAUCGUUGUGUUUGUUGCAGGGAUAUUUUUACUGGUGGUGGUGUUUGUUCUCUGCCGUAAGAUGAUUAGUCGGAAAAAGAAGCAUCAGGCUGAACCUGAAGACAAGCACCUGGGACCCGCUACGGCUUUCUUGCAAAGACCAUAUUUUGAUUCCAAGCUAAAUAAGAACAUUUACUCAGACAUACCACCCCAGGUGCCUGUCCGGCCUAUUUCCUACACCCCGAGUAUUCCAAGUGACUCAAGAAACAAUCUGGACCGAAAUUCCUUCGAAGGAUCUGCUAUCCCAGAGCAUCCCGAAUUCAGCACUUUUAACCCCGAGUCUGUGCACGGGCACCGAAAAGCAGUGGCGGUCUGCAGCGUGGCGCCAAACCUGCCUCCCCCACCCCCUUCAAACUCCCCUUCUGACAGCGACUCCAUCCAGAAGCCUAGCUGGGACUUUGACUAUGACGCAAAAGUGGUGGAUCUCGAUCCCUGUCUUUCCAAGAACCCUCUAGAGGAAAAACCUUCCCAGCCACACAGUGCCCGGGAAAGCCUGUCUGAAGUGCAGUCCCUGAGCUCCUUCCAGUCCGAAUCGUGCGACGACAAUGCUUCCAUAGUGACCGUAAUGCACCUUGUCAAUGCUGUGGUUGACACGGUGAGCACAGAAGAAUCUUUGGCUGCUCCUGACCUCAGCAAACCAAGAGGGUAUCACUGGGAUACAUCAGAUUGGAUGCCAAGCGUUCCUCUGCCGGACAUACAAGAGUUCCCCAACUAUGAGGUGAUUGAUGAGCAGACACCCCUGUACUCAGCAGAUCCAAACGCCAUCGAUACGGACUAUUACCCUGGAGGCUACGACAUCGAAAGUGAUUUUCCUCCACCCCCAGAAGACUUCCCCGCAGCUGAUGAGCUACCACCGUUACCGCCCGAAUUCAGCGAUCAGUUUGAAUCCAUCCACCCUCCUAGAGACAUGCCUGCUGCGGGUAGCUUGGGUUCUUCAUCAAGAAACCGGCAGAGGUUCAACUUGAAUCAGUAUUUGCCCAAUUUUUAUCCACUCGAUAUGUCUGAACCUCAAACAAAAGGCACUGGUGAGAAUAGUACUUGUAGAGAAUCCCAUGCCCCUUACCCGCCAGGGUAUCAAAGACACUUCGAGGCGCCCGCUGUCGAGAGCAUGCCCAUGUCUGUGUACGCCUCCACGGCCUCCUGCUCCGACGUGUCAGCCUGCUGUGAAGUGGAGUCCGAGGUCAUGAUGAGUGACUAUGAGAGCGGGGACGACGGCCACUUCGAAGAGGUGACGAUCCCGCCCCUGGAUUCCCAGCAGCACACGGAAGUCUGACUCUCAACUCCCCCCAAAGUGCCUGACUUUAGUGAACCUAGAGAUGAUACGAGUAAUCCGCGUUGUUCUUUGCAGCAGUGCUUCCAAGCUUUUUUUGGUGAGCCGAAUGGGCAUGGCUGCGCUGGAUCCUGCACCUCUGGACGUGCUAGCCAUUUCCAGUGUCCCAACUACUGUCAUCGUGAGGUUUUCAUCGGCUGUGCCAUUUCCCAACGUCUUUUGGGAUUUACAUCUGUCUGUGUUAAAAUAAUCAAACGAAAAAUCAGUCCUGUGUUGUCAGCAUGAUUCAUGUAUUUAUAUAGAUUUGAUUAUUUUAAUUUUCCUGUCUCUUUUUUUUGUAAAUUUUAUGUACAGAUUUGAUUUUUCAUAGUUUUAACUAGAUUUCCAAGAUAUUUUGUGCAUUUGUUUCAACUGAAUUUUGGUGGUGUUAGUGCCAUUAUCUAGCACCCUGAUUUUUUUUUUUUUUUUUUUUUUUACUAUAACCAGGGUUUCACUCUGUCUUUUUCCACUGAAGUGUGACAUUUUGUUAGUGCAUUUCAGUGUAGUCAUUCAUUUCUAGCUGUACAUAGGAUGAAGGAGAGAUCAGAUACAUGAACAUGUCUUACAUGGGUUGCUGUAUUUAGAAUUAUAAACAUUUUUCAUUAUUGGAAAGUGUAACGGGGACCUUCUGCAUACCUGUUUAGAACCAAAACCACCAUGACACAGUUUUUAUAGUGUCUGUAUAUUUGUGAUGCAAUGGUCUUGUAAAGGUUUUUAAUGAAAACUACCAUUAGCCAGUCUUUCUUACUGACAAUAAAUUAUUAAUAAAAUA